CUGAGCAGAACACACAAGAGGCGCCCGGGCGCUGCGGUAGCCUCGCGAUGGCCGCGCCAGAUGCGCACCGCGACAAGCGGGCCAAGGCGGGGCCCGUCCUCUAUCCGAUGGAUGAGCCUCUGCUGCGAAAGUGCGACGCGCUGAUGAAGAACCUCGCGAAAAAGUCCCAGGCAGUGCACUUCUUGCGGCCCGUCGACUGGAAAAAGAUGGGAUUGGUCGACUACCCAAAGCUCAUCAAGCAUCCCAUGGACAUCGGCACUGUCUCGGAGCGGCUGGGCAAGAACCAUUACGCCCGCCUUGAGGACUUUGCCAACGAGACGCGCCUCAUCUGGAAGAAUGCCUUCAUCUUCAACGCGCCAGACUCGCUCUACUUCAAGGCGGCAAAGUCGCUCUCGGACGCCUUCGAGAAGGCGAUGGAGAAGAUGGAGGCGGAGGCCGAGGCGGUCAGCGCGCUGCAGGUCGACACGAUGGAGCGGUGCAACAUCCUGCUCGCCGACAUCCAGGCCAACCCGCUCGCCGAGUGGUUCCUCGACCCGGUCGACCACGUCGCUCUUGGCCUCACCGACUACACUCAGGUCAUCACGCAGCCGAUGGACCUCUCCACCAUCGGGAGGAAGCUGCAGCGCGCGCAGUACCUCUCGCCCGAGGACUUUGCGCACGACACGCGGCUCGUGUUUCAGAACGCGAUCACGUACAACUCUGCCCAGUCCAUGUUCGGCGUCGUCGCCGGCAUCCUCGCCUCCUCCUUCGACCGCCGAUAUACGCUCAUCACGCAGGCGGCGGCGAUCGACCCGGGCAGGCCCAUGCCCGACCGGCCCGGCUGGCCGACGUUUGCGCAGAAAAAGAAGCUGUAUGACCUCUGCACCAAGCUGUCGCUGGCGGACCUGAACCAGAUGGUGCAGAUGGUGCAGAAGGGGUGCCAGGCGGCGGUGCAGCAGUGCGGGCACAAGGAGGUUGAGGUGGACGUGGACGAGCUCGACAUGGACACCUUCAACAAGGUGCUCGGCUUUGUGGGCGGCAAAACCAGCAGCAAGGUCAAGGCGGACCAGUGACGCGGCGCAGCUAUUCACGCCGGCGCGCCCACGGCAUACGGGGCCGCUUCGGGCUGUCGGCGGGUGCGAGGGCAGGGGCGGGGUCGGACUCCUCCCGAGCACGUGGGUGCCGGGCGGGGUUGCUAGCGAGGGUGCCCCACCUCUCGAAGGUAGUAAUUGGGGCGUGCAUGUACCUUGUAUUUUGUCUCUGUUGUUUUUCCUCCCUUUGGCGAUUGACCACGUCGCGCGC